GUAGGGAAUUCAAAUCAAUUAAAACAAAAAAAAAAAAUUCGAUUUUGAUUGAACAGAGGUGUGACUUUAGAAAGAGAGAGAAAUCGAGGCUUGGAUCUUCAAGUACGGUGUUAGUGUCUCUGAUCAUGUACAGGACAAGCAGGCGGUGUUGGAUGUGGAUCGUUGGAAACGGUGAGUAGAAGCUCAACGAUGAAGAGAUGUGGAUCUUUUUCUCGGAUCUACUCUCUCUUUGAUCAAAUCUGCUUUCUCUUUCUCUCCGAUCUGCUAAUAUGGUAAUAUCAGAUAUGCUCUGUCUCUCUCUAGUCCAUUAUUUUGCCUUUUUUAGGAAUCUCAUUCUGGCACUCUCCUCACUUCUUGCAACUGCUUGGAAAGAAAAAAUGUGAUUUACACCAAUAUCAACCAACUAUAUGUAGAUGAUCUGGCUUUUGAUUUUGUGAAGCUGUAAGAUAUUAUCUUAAAGUGUUUUGUGGUUUCUAACAUCGGUCAUUCAACUCUUGGUUUAUUUUUUAUUUUUUGUUGAGUUACCUAGAUCAUGGUCCAUCAAAAAAGGGGGGAAAAGACACCCUUUGAUGGCUUGAAGUUUAUUCUAUUUAAUCUUGUUGCUUCUGCAGUCCAUUUAAUAUGCUUUAUGCUUGUCACUAGUAUAUUUCGAUGGAAUUCCUGUUUGGGAGUUUAUAUCAUGUUUUAGUUCAGAAUUCAAAUGUUAUUUUAGAUUUGUGGUUCAUAUCAAAAUGAUAGUUAACAAAAUAUCAAAUUUCAGAAAUAUAUUCGUUGAAAUUUUAUAAAAUACGAAGUAUGAAGAUGGCCAAUCAAAUUAAAAAAAAGGGCCAUAUGUUUGAGGUGUGUUUAUUCUGGACAUCUAUAUUCUUGACAGUAUUCAUGAUUGUUAGAUAUACAAUGUUUGAUUUUUUAUUUUAUUUUAUUUUUUUAUUGAAUAUAAGGUUGAGCAAUGAUAUUCACACUCCACUUGUGAGAGGCUGAAAGACUAAAAUUAGAGUGAAAAGUUUAAAAGAGAGUGGGAAUAUCAUUUCUAUUAACGCUUUACUGAACAGGAUGAACAUGGUUGGUUUUUAUUGUAUUGCGUACUUGCUCAUAUUUUGCUUCAAUGUCUAUUUUUCUUUCAGCUUGAGAUCUUCUGUAAUUUGGCGACGUGGAGAAGAAAAAUAUGUUGUAAAAAUCUUAUCAAGUUACUCUCUUGGUUAUUAAUAUCAUAGUAAAAAAAGAACAAGAGGCUGAUUUCUUUGUUGUUUAUUCUCUCUGUAGCAGUGUGACUACUAGGCUAAUUACCACAUAUGUGGUUGGACUUGGCCUUGGGGAGGUGAUAGUGACUGCUUGGGGAGAACGAGAAGAAAAAGAAGUAGAUUGGACACUUCUUCUUAUUGAAGUGUUACUGAGGUUGAUCCACGAAGCGAUGUCAACAACCAAAUCACUAUGAGUGAUAUCUUAGUAAAGUGAAGAUUUGAAGAUUUGAUCGGUUCAUAAUCUUCUGUUGAUGAAGAUUUGAAGAUUUCAAUCUACUGUUGAUAAAGAUUUCAAUCGAUUCAUAAUCGAGAUUCAUAAUCGAUAAUUUGAUGAGCCAAGAGGUAGUUUUGCAGAUAGAAAAGGAAACUGCAAGCGCUGCAGCAGUUUGUAGCACAGGGAGCUUGUUUCCAGAAUUAGACUCCAUAUCUGUAGCAGCAUCUGUAAUUCAGACGUGCUGUCCUGGAACAAAAGCACUUGAUUUAGAAGAAGAUGAUAAAUUCUAUGAGGACUUCAAUAUGGAUGAAGUUGACUUGAAUAUUGAGAACUAUGAAGAAAUAUUUGGUGUAGCUCUUAAUGAUCCAGAACAACUGUUUGGUAAUGAUGGAAUUGGUAGCUUGUUUGGAGUGAAGGACAUGUCUGGUGCUGAUUUGAACCAUCGAGGCACAUAUGCAGCUGAGGGGUCAUCAAUUGGACUAGUUAAGUCAAUGCAGCCGGCUAUCAACAAUCCGGCAUCUGCUGAUUCCGUGAUAAGCUCUAAAACUGAUCCAAACCUUUGCUUUGCAAUGCAAGCCCAUUCCCGCAUCUCAUUUUUUGGUCUUGGCGUCGAGAGCAGUGCUGCAGAUCAUCAAGACUAGUGCUUCUCCAAUGGUUCUCAUGGGACAGCUGCCUCCAUUGUGUCCUGAAAGUUCAUUCCCUUCAACAAGUAGGAGCAGCGCUGUUAUGCGUUACAUGGAAAAGAAGAAGACAUGCAAGUAAGAGUAGAGUAGUUUUUUUUUUUUUUUACACUUCAUUUAGGUUAAAAAAAGAAAAGAAUAUUGUGUGGACCUAGGAAGCAUGGAUGUGUAUUUAAUUCACUUUCAAUUCUUUUUGAUUGUUUAGUUCUUUGGUUUAAUGGAAAGUAUAUUUUGAGGUUUGUGAUAGUUCCGAGGAAAGAAAAACAAGAAAGUGUAGAAGAAGUGUUAAUGCGUGAAUGUUGAGAUUUUAUUAAGGGAAUAAAUGGAAGAUAAUGCAUGAAUGUUGAGAUUUU